UUCCUAAUCAAUAAAAGAAUACCCUAAUCUUAUUCUUCGCAGUAAAACUUUGAUCAAUAAUCAUCAUAAUCCCCCAAAAAACAUGCCUCAAAAACAACAACUAACAAUAUUCCCUCCGCCAGAAAUGAUGCCGAGAAACCUCCAAUCUCAAGCAUCACUAAAUACUUGUUCACAAAAAUUAACCACGAAAAUCUCUGCUUCUUCUUCAUCAACACCAUCACCAACAACCACAACCCAUUCUUCUUCCUCUUCCUCAGCUUGCGCCGCUUGUAAAUACCAGAGGAAAAAAUGCAGUUCUGAUUGUUUAUUAGCACCUUAUUUCCCACCAACACAUCAAACAGAAUUUCUUAAUACUCAUAAACUAUUUGGUGUUAGUAAUAUUUGUAAGAUUAUUAAAAGCUUAGAUAAUCCGGUAGAGAAAGAAACAGCGAUGCGUUCAAUGAUUUUUCAAGCUGAGGCUCGCGCUAGAGAUCCUGUUGGUGGUUGUGCUCAUUUAAUUCGUGAUCUUCAAUUUCAGAUUGCUCGUUGCAAAGAGGAACUCGAUCUUGUUCAUCAUCAAAUCGCUAUGUGCCGAGCAGCAGCUCAAGCUCAAUCCGUUAUUGACGUUAAUGUUAAUGUUGUUCCUCCUCUUCCAAGCGAUAAUGAGGAGGACAGAGGAAUUAUUAAUAAUCAAAAUCUUUUAGAUGGUUAUAAUCAUCAAAAUAUGUUGCAGCAGUUUCAAGAUAUGCAACAUCAACGGCAGCCUUACAAUGUUAUUCCAGAAAAUCAAGUGGUAAUUCAGGAUUAUGACGAUGUAGCUGUUCUUAAUCAGAUAUGGAGUAUGGAGUCAUUAGCUAAUCAAAAUGAUGCUUUGAAUAUGAUCGAAAGCAAACAUACCCCGUCUUCGAUUUUCAGUUCGUCUCCCGUAAUGGAUGAUCAUAAUCAGGAACAACAAUCGUCCAUUGAAGAUCCUGAUGUUCAAUGAAUGGCUUGGUUUAGAUUGUACCUCCAAGGAGCAAAUUGGUACGUGAACAUUUUUGAACAAGCGGAGAAGAGAGCAGUCACUUGGCAGAAGCGAUAACAAGUGGAGAAAAGCCUUACUAAGGGAAGUAAUGGUGUCGCGAUUCAAGCAGUGAUGACAUUUUUCUUUCACCUUUUGUUUUGAUUUACUCUUAAAAGCUGUACACUUAGCAUGUUAGAGAUGAACAAUGAACGUUAGCAUCAGUGUUUGGAAUUGAAGAAGGAAGGUUUCACCAGAUAAUGCCUUUUUAUUACCUCUUUGUACUCAUAAUAAAGCUUAAUCAAACAUAGGAUAUAUGUCUUGUUAUUUUGAGAAAAAAAUAGUAAUUAUUUUAUGUUUAAUUGCUUGUAUAAUCAUUUUCCUCGAUGUUAUUGUUUAUGUUAUAAUUCUAUCGAGUUUCAGGGGAUUUUUGUACUAUGCAUAUUGCAAUAUCUUAGAACGCGAGAAGUUUUACUAUUUUAUUUUAUUUUGUUGAUGAA